AUGCAAUUCCGAUCUAUCUUUGCCAUCGUUAUCGCGGCAACCCAUACCGCCCCAGUGUUGGCUGGUAAGAAGGGCGAUUGUUUCAUGGGUCUGUACGAGGCUGGCGGUCGGAACCCAAACCAUAUUAUUGGCCAAGAGACGCCGGAUGAUUCUGGCAUAUUUGAGCUUCGGCGCGAGAACGGCAGCGUAAUUCAAGUCAAGGUUAAGAAGUGCCAAUUGGUGGCUUACUGGGGCUGGGUUCCGUUGGGCCAGGAGCUUCGAGUUUUUCCAAGCGUUGGUUACGACGCUAAGCGAAAGACCGCCCCCCUCCCAAGCCUGUCGCCAAACCGGCAUAGUGGUCAAGGACUCAAGGUGCGGGGCGCUAAUACCUGGAUAGCAUUCUGA